AUGAACGGAUCACCAGCCUAUGUCGAGGAUUCCCGCUACCACAUCUCCCCACGCAGCUUACCAAAGCAGAAGUUUACCAAGGAAGACGAUGUGAGAUUGAUUGCAAUCGUAAAUCGUCUUGGCACAAAAUCAUGGUCAGAAAUUGCAAAUGAAAUGGGUGAUAGAAAUCAACGCCAGUGCAAAGAGCGCUGGGAGAACUAUCUUUCACCAGACAUCAACAGAAAUGAGUGGACUCCAGAAGAAGAUGCUUUACUUAUUGAGAAGCAAAAGGAAAUUGGCUCAAGAUGGAUUUCAAUUGCACGCUUCUUUGACCGCAGGACAGAUGCUGCAGUCAAGAACCGUUGGCAGAUGCUUGAUAGAAAGCAACGUAAGCUUGAGAAGAAGGGUCUUCAUACUCAGAAAAAGCAGAAAGCUGUUAUUGAGAGCCCAAUAAUGUCAACUCCUACAACAACUCCAAUUAUGACUCCUCUUGAAUCUGUUGCUGUUCAACCAGUUCAACAGACAAUCAUUGAUGAAUUCCCAGUUUCAUUUGAUUUAUUAAAUUUUUCUUCCAAUGACCAAUUGCCUGUCAUUCAAAAUGAAAUCCCCGAGCUUGACAGCUUUGGAACAGCUGAAGACCCAUGGGAUUUUGCUUCUCUUGAAGAAGUUUUCUAA